ACUAACUAAAGAGCUACUUAAGAGCUACUACUAUAUGUACUGCAUGUAGCAGGGACGGAACACUGGGUACACGUGUCGUAAACAAGAGGGGAAGAAGAGGAAAAAAAAAAAAGGGAGACUGGCUUUCAACCAUGGCUAUGUGCCGGGUCAGACUUCCACUCGGCAUUUGAAGACAUCGCCAACCGGUUGUUUAGAAUGUCAGCAACGUGUAGUCUGGUGUAGAUACCACCGCUAGUGUGCAUGUAGGAUAUUAAGCAAGUAGACUGACUAUUUUAGUAUAAUGAGGCCUUGUAGAAAGCCUCCUAGUUUUUUUGUUUUUUUUUUAGGGCUGGCAGGCAGUGAGAGCAGAAGGAUGGAGAGGCGUUGUCGAUCUACAUAACGCCCUCCUCCUCCGCAUCCUUGCUCUCGCCAUCGCAUCCAGCCAGCAUCCAGCGAGCCAAGGCAUCCAAUCAAUGAUCCAAUCAAAUGAUCCCGGUCAUCUAUGCUAACUCGUCCCGGUCUAGCUGUCCACGACGGCGCCCACGUUCUGCCACGGUAUGAGCAGAUCUACGCCUCAGCUUGGACAGAAAGGGACAAGGGCUGGAUGUCCAGCGCACCAGUCCAAUUUUUCCCCUUCGUUUUUCUCCUUCUAUCUCGCUGCUCCCAACCCCUUCGUCUCCCACACCACCGACGCUCCUUUCUCCUGCCAUAGCAAGCAUUCUGGGUUGCAAGCUCACAUUCAUUCCUUGUCGACACUUUCGUACCGCUGUUGCCAUUCUUUCCUAGGCCACGUUCAUCACAUUGUUCGUUUGAGCAAAAUCCAACAUUCGAGACUCCAGAAGCCCACAGAGAGACGUCCGUCGCUGCCAAAAUCCAAAAUGCACGCUCCUUCGCUGUUCGUACUGGCCGCAAGCGCCUUGUCUGCCGUUGCGCAAACCACAACAAGCACCCUCUACAUGACGGCGACCGUCACCAUCACUCAGUGUGCCCCAACAAACACUGAUUGCCCACUAUACACUCCUCCUCCCAGCACCUCAUCCACCCUAUCCACUUCAUCCUAUCCGGUGCUGCCAUCUUCAUCUUCGUCUUCGUCGCCAUCUUCCUCCUCAUCUUUCUCAUAUUCCUCGUUCUCGAGCUAUUCGUACCCGGUCAAAACGACGACAUCCAUUCACUACUCCGCAAACUCGACGGCUGCACAGGGUGGAUCAACCAGUUACCCAACUGGCUCAGUUCCUGUAUCAUACCCUACUUUGGGUUCGACUUCCGGGGCAGCAACCUCGUCUUCCCCUGCAUCUACGUCCAUACCUGCAACCGCCGGUGCAGGUUCGCUUGCAAUCCAGUCCAGUCUUCUGGCGGUCUUAGGUAUUGGCGCGCUCCUGAUGGCUUGAGCGUGACUUACCCUACACGAAGAUAAGAUGGUGAGACAACUUAUAACUUGUGUGUGCCCGGCGUGGAGAAGUAGUCCGGGAUCUGCCUUGGCGGGAUUUUUCUUUCUUGGCAGACUUUUUAUUUUAUUUUAUUUUAUUAGGGAGGGGGGUCAUCCCCUUCUAAUAGAUUUUACCUUGAUUCUUGGGGACGGAAGUUUGUUGCAUUUCAAUAAUUGGAGUUUUUGAUACCACUUGGGGGAUAGAAAGAGAAAGAGGCACUUACUGCAAGGGGCCGGGGCCGACCACGGCAUGACGCAUAUCUCCUAUGUCUAGAUUUAAUCUAUAGAGCCACGGCGUCUAUUGUCAUCUAGAAUCUAUAGAGCUCAAUGAUUCACGUCGCGAAAUUUCGUAACAGUAAAGCCAU